AUGGCACCAGAGGCGCAGGGAAACGAUAGUCAAACUGGUGACAGUGGAGACGGUGGCGCAGAUGGUGGCAGUGGAGAUGGUGGCACAGGUGGUGGCAGUGGAGGUGGUGGCACAGGUGGUGACCAAAAUGGCGGUGGAGGAAGUGGAGCUCAAAAGGAAACAACCACUUCAGCAUCCAACAUCAUUACUCCUUACAUCACUGCUACGGCUCUUUCCUUAUUUUCUUUGGCUUUGAAAUUCUAG